UGGUCUUUUCUCCUUCGUUAGGUUUCUCUGGUUUGGGUCGGUGGAUUCCGCAGAGACAGUAGAGGGGGCCACACAAAACCAUAUCUGACCUUCACUACUCUUUUCUUCUUCUCAGCCAUACAUUUGCAUGUUCUCUCCUUCUCCUCUACUAUACCAUCAACGACUCGUUCUCUCUCCAUCUAUAUCUGCAUUUAUUACACAAUCUCUCUGCCUUACGCAUUUAUAACAAUCACGAUACCUUUAAACCGCCAUAUCUAUCUGACUAUCUCUCCCUAUAUAUAUCUACAUAUUGGUCUGUCUCGGCUAUAAUUCAUCUCGUUGAUCGAUACUACUCGUAUGGAUACGUUGAGGAGUGCUUGCUUCUAUUUCCUAAUAGUUUCUGUCAUCAUUUCUCGGUCUCCUUUAUGCGAUUGUCGCCAUCUUGGACACAUAGAGAAGAAGCUUAGUGCGAAUCGUGAUCAUUUAACUAAGAAAAAUGAAGAGAUUACAAAACUAGAAGCUCAAUCAACAAACAAGACGAACAACUUAUCGAGCCAAGCACAUGCCGUAGUUAAUCAUGGUGAUAUUAAUGGUCAGACCAACAUGAAGAAAACGAAGGACGUUCACAGAGUAAAACGAGCUUCCGACAAAAUGGUGUCGUCUAAAAGAGGCUCAAGAACUUGGAAAAUUCCUAAAUAUUCAAAGAAGCAGCCUAGAUCAGAUCAAGAACACCCUGGUUUCAAUCUUGAUUAUAUGCAGCCCACAACACACCCGCCGCACCAUAAUUAACGCUUAAUGAUCAUGUGUAACGAUAGAAACGAAUUUCAUAUCGUGAUUUAUUAUAUAUCAUAACCUUGAGUCACGAAGAAUUUCCACAUUUUCAGAGAUAUCAUGAUGUAUGGUGAGAAACGUCCUACU